AAAUCGUGUUCUUUUUGCAAUACAGUCAAAGAUCGGUCUGAUUCUAAUGUUAUGUUUUUAACGCCGUAAGUAAUAUAUAUAGAAAACAGUACAAAACACGCACCGCACUGUUUACAAGCAUGCGGUGAAUGGUAUAGAAGCAGAGACAGAGCGUACGAGAGAUAGAAAAACAAGGAAAAAGAGAGAGAGAGAAAACGUAAAGACCAAAGACAAAAUAGCGGCAGCUGAGUGAGAGUAGUGCUGUGUUAGCGUUCGUGCGACUUAGUUGCAUUUUUCAUUCGUUCGACGAUCGUCAGUCGUAUCACAUUUGCUUCAUUGGCUGCCAAAUCUUACGUGUAUUUACUGAAUUUUUGAUUUUUCAUUAGAAAUAAUAUUUUGAUAAGUGGCAUUGCGUUUGACAUGAAAUCAAUUGUAAAUUCCGAAAACCAAUCUGAUACUCUAGCGGCGAAGUGACAAUUUUAAGUGAAUUUGAUAAAAAAAAAAAACAUUAUUAUAACGACGAAUGACAUAAUAGUAUUUAUUUCAAAUACGAUAUCCACGAUUAAAAAUAGACACAUUUUUUUGUCGGUGUCAAAUCUCAAUUGAAAUGAUGUUCAAUUUUUGUUUGAUCUUUUCUAAAAUUCUGUCGGGUCAAUGAAACGAAAUUGUAGUAGUUGUGGUUUUUUUUUGGAUUAUUAACAGCGAAAACGUUAUUGAAUGUGCUGGAAACCUGUGACACGAACCCCCCUACACAAUCGUCCAAAUUUGGACCGUAAAUUCCGUUCGUUGUUCUUUUUGUUUGUGUUUAAAUUGAAUGUGGCAUCGAAAACGAAAACAGGAACUGGAAGCGUUAACACCAAAUGACAAUCAUAAAUUUAACACACUUGGCGCGUAUCAAAUGAAAUAACCGCGGAUCGGGAUAUAAAAAAAGGAAGCAUCAAUUUGUACGUGUGAUGCAUUACAAUUUAACAUAAUUGGUUUCGAUAUCCAGCACAGCGUAUCCGAAUACUGUUGCCACACACAUACACAACAUAAUUGACGUUAAAUUGAAAAGGGGCAUUCAAUUAAGUGCAAAUGUACACAUCAAAUGCCCUAAAUCAUCGUCAACAGAAGACCGCGAUAUUGGCGAGUUUCAUCGACCAACGAAAGUGAUAAAAAUGGUUAAAUGCGUUGCCAUUGCACGCAGAUGUGUUAAGUGAAUCGAACGAAAAACAAAUGUACUAACUUCAAUAUUCGAAACGAUAUUGUGUUGAACACAAUCAAAUUUAAAUUCAAAUAAAUUUCGUCGUUAAAUUUCCGAUCGUUAUCAAGAGAAAAAUCAGUUAAAUCGAAAUGAACAAUUCGUUACCGUUGAAUCUUGAAAAAUAUCAGUUUCAGACUAUCGGUAAUAUGACUUCAACAGUAGUGCUUCCGAACUCAGCCACGAUAUUUGCGGCCAUAUGUGCAUGUAUCUUUGUCGUUGUCGGUAUAGCGGGCAAUCUAAUUACGAUAAUUGCGUUGCUUCAACAUCAAAAGCUCAGAGGACAUGCAACCACUGCGUUUGUGCUAUCACUAUGCAUCUCAGAUUUGUUGUUCUGUUCGUUCAGUAUGCCACUAACGGCGAUUCGAUACAUAAACAAGGCAUGGACGCUUGGAGAGACACUAUGCAAAAUAUUUCCAGUGAUCUUUUACUCAAAUGUGGCGGUCAGUCUGUUGAGCAUGGUCGGAAUAACACUGAAUAGAUACAUUCUAAUCGCCCAUCAUCAUUUGUACGCUCGAAUUUAUCGGCCGCAUAUCAUUGCGUUGCAACUGUUUGUGGUGUGGUUUUUUGCCAUUUCAACAAUGAUACCGCCGUUGUUUAGCGUUUGGGGGACACUUGGCCUGGAUGAGAAAACAUUUUCAUGCACAAUACUCAAGAAGGACGGCAAAUCAAUAAAGAAAUUCUUGUUUUUAGUCGGCUUCUUAUUGCCGUGCAUCGUCAUCAUCAUAUCGUAUUCAUGCAUUUACUACACCGUACGAAGACAACGUCAAAAAUUAAAUAAGCAUAUAAGCAGCAGUGCGCCGAUAACUGGUGCAUCGUCGAAAUCAAUUGGAGCCGCUCGUGAACGUGAGGACAGCCGUUUAACGGCAAUGAUGUUGACCAUUUUCAUCUGUUUUCUAUUGUGUUUCCUACCAUUGACCGUGGUCAAUCUUUUCGAUGACAAACUCGAAUAUCCUUGGAUUAAUACGAUUGCAUCGGUGCUUGCAUGGGCAUCGAGUGUAAUCAAUCCAUUCAUUUAUGCGGCCAGUAAUCGUACGUAUCGGGUCGCUUACUUUAAACUAUUCUCAGCCAUGAAAUUUUGGGGCGAACCACUGAGUCCGAUGCCAAGCAAAAGUUUUUUACCCAGUAAAGGAUCCCGAGAUAACGGUUCCAAUGGAAAUUUCAAUGGCAAAGUCUAAUUUAUUCCAGAAUCGGAUCGUUCUUUUUUUGCCAUUUAAAUAACUAUAAGCAAUCAUUUGUUCUACUUUUUCACUAUUUUUCUUUUAUCGUAAAAUUCCAUACAAUCAAGUCAUAUUUGAGAUUAAAUUUGGUACUACUUUUUAAUGAGCGAAAAAUUCUAAGAAAUAUAUUAGCUUUAGAUUUUAACGAAGAAAUGACAAAGAACUGGUCAAGAAUUGAUAUCGAACAAAAAUACACCAACAAACGGUUUAUUUUUCUUCUUCAAUUUUUGCGAAUGGAUAAGAAGCAUUAUAUCAUGAUAUUUGAUGAAAGACAAUUUUUAAAUUAUUUUGAAAUAAAGUUUUGCAAGGCGGAUUAAGGAGAUUUAAGGCAGGAGAUUCCAUUAGAUUUUCAGUACAAAGCGAUUUUAUGUGUAUAUAAAGUGUAUCAGUAUAGGCUAAACUCUACUUCUAUAUUCAUUAAGUCUGGACGCCAUUCAUAAUGAGCCAAAGAAUACAUUUCGAUUUUUAAAACGAA